AACUCGGGACAGAGCUAGCGGGCGAACUAGACAGUGUCCCCAAGCCAUGGUCCCUACCAGCCGCGGCUCAGCCUGGGUCCUUCUGCUCCCGACCCGAGUGCCCGAAGCAGGCUUUGGUUUUAUGUCAGCAGCCUUCAUCUGCCUUCCAAAAAUAAGCCCCUGCCGCCAUGCCGAGGGGAGAAAAACAAGAAGGGCGGUAUUUUUAGGGCCAUUAAUUCUGACCACGUGCCUGAGAGGCAAGGUGGAUGGCCCUGGGACAGAGGCUGUUCAUCGCUAUGUCCCGGGGAGCAGGACGCCUUCAGGGCACGCUGCAGGCUCUCCUCUUCCUGGGCGUCCUAGUGGGCAUGGUGGUGCCCUCCCCUGCGGGCACCCGGGCCAACAGCACGCUGCUGGACUCCAGGAGCUGGGGCACCCUGCUGUCCAGGUCCCGAGCUGGGCUAGCUGGAGAGAUUGCCGGGGUGAACUGGGAAAGUGGCUAUUUGGUGGGGAUCAAGAGACAGCGGAGGCUCUACUGCAACGUGGGCAUCGGCUUCCACCUCCAGGUGUCCCCCGACGGCCGGAUCAGCGGGACCCACGAGGAGAACCCCUACAGCCUGCUGGAGAUCUCCACCGUGGAGCGAGGGGUGGUGAGUCUCUUUGGAGUGAAAAGUGCCCUCUUCGUUGCCAUGAACAGUAAAGGAAGAUUAUACACAACGACCAGCUUCCAAGAGGAAUGCAAGUUCAGAGAAACCCUCCUGCCCAACAAUUACAACGCCUAUGAGUCAGACCUGUAUCGGGGGACCUACAUCGCACUGAGCAAAUACGGACGGGUAAAGCGGGGCAGCAAGGUGUCCCCAAUCAUGACCGUCACUCACUUCCUCCCCAGGAUAUAAGGACCCUGGAAGAAGGUGCCCAGGCUGAAAGUGACAUUUUUUUUCUACUGGAGUUUUGCACAGUGAACCAUUUCCCUCAGCCCCAUGCCUCCUGAGUCAGGUUUCUCUGGUGCUGGGGGAGGUCUGCGUGGGUUCUUUCUGCCGCCAGACGCCAGGACAUGUAACCCUCCCGGGUGAGGGGUUGCAGCCAGCUUUCUAGAAUGGCAGUGGAGCCCAUGCUCUGACUUCACCUGAAAAGAGAAGGUAAAGAUGACACUUGUGGAAUGUGACCUUGUGCCCAGGAGAGGCCAGGGAGGAAACAUGUGUGUGCUGCUGUGUAUCCAUACAUCUUUGUCUAUGUUGUCAGAGCAAAGGCAUUUCAGAGCAUCGGGUUUCUUCCCUCCAGAUCAUUGUGGCAGGCAUCUGCCUGCAAGAAUGUCACUUGUCAAACCACCAGGAUUGAUGCGUGCUCCCAUUCUGCCUCUUUCCAAUCACCUUUGUGUGCAGACCUGACUGCACGGGCUGCACGGUGGCGGGGAGCAGCAGAGAGGCAGGGUGAGCGGGAGGAAGGUUGGAUUGCAAACCAGAAGGAAAGUGAGCAGGCACUCUGACCGUCCUGCUCAGGAGGACUGUGGGGACACAGGCGCAUUGUGGGGGCAGCUGGGGGAGAAGGGGUGCCCUUUCCGGAGGACAGCAGUUUCUCAGGUGGGUGGGGAAGGCCUGCCAGGGGCAGCGGAGGGACUGGAUGUCCCUCCAUUCAGCUGGAGGACUCAGUGCUGUGCGGCUCCGAGAUCAAGCGGGGCCAGGCUGCCUGCCCGUAACUUUUCCUCACUGUGAACCAGGUCUUAUUUUAACCUCAGAUGACAAGGAUCCUAAUAAUGGCAACCUCUUUGGCAAGGGGCACCGGGAUGCAAAAUAGAGCAUGAAGGAAGUAGAGAAGCUCUGGACUCCAGAUGAUAAUUCCUCUCCAGCUCCGUCCAGGAAACUCACCCAAGUUCUCAUCCGAUACCCGCACUUCCUUCUUGCUCGUCCUGGUCUCACAUACAUGCCGGUGCCUGGAUGCAGGAGAACGGGCACUGGGCACCGUGGCGUCUGGGGUGUGCCCCCUCGGCCCCUGCUGUAGAAGAGUGUUAAUCCUGUAAAAAUCAGGCAGCCAAGCUGAGGCAGCUCCCUGCUGCUUGGUGGCUUCUUGCCUCGUGCCCUUUGAGAGUAUUUAAAGCAGAGGUUCCCUGAGCGGCUAUAAAUGUUGUCCUCCCAGAGCCUUCGGAUUCCUGAGCCAUCGGGCCGUUCCUAAAUCUGAAACCAGAGAGGGCCAUGUCAGAGAGCAAACAUUUUCGGCAUACGUGAACCAUGGAGUUACACGAUGACCUGACACCCGCCGCUACUCCCAGGGGCCCCUCCCUGCAAGACAGCCCCCCAUCUGCUGCCGCGCCUCACCCCCGGCAUGCUGCUCCAGUGUAGAUGUGCCGUCUAUACAUAGACCUGCUCUGGACGACUGUGAGCCCAAGACGGGCAUUGGCAACCCAACGGAGAGAGGCCAUUCUGGCCGCCUCCCCUGCCCAGCAAACAGCAGGCGGACAUGUGCUGGGUGAGGAGGAAAAGGUCAUACCUAGGUGAGCCGAUCUUGAACAGAAAGUAAGACCGGAGGAGGGAGAAAGGCAUGACCAUGCCUGGAAUAGCAACUGGCGGGGGCUGAGGUCCUGGAUCAGAAGGAGAGAAAAGAGGUCCCUCUUGACUGGAAUCUUUGAAGUGCAGGCCCACUGGGAGGUGGAGGACGAAGCUGAUUGUUUUCCAGGAGGCUGUCCAGAGCAAUCUGUCUGUAUAACAGGGUUCGCCAGAAACCGAUGCUCUCAGAACCCGAGGCGCGUAUCCCUUCAGAUGGAAUGCGGUGGGAGUGCAGGAAGGCUGGGUGGAUGGAUGGAGGAGGAACAAGUUUUAGGUCCCAAAGCAUUAGUUCCUUCCUGCCUCGCUCUGCUCUUCGAGCUAGCAUGGCAUGACAGGGGCCGCAGACAGCCAGGCCUUUUCUGCAUCUCUCUAGGGGCUCAUAAAAGUGCUCAUGUCAGGAGAAGGAGUUUCCCCAAAUGCCUGCUCCCAUUUGUCACACUGCGAGUGAGAAGGAGAAGCUGUGGGAUGCCCAGGACCAGGCAGGCUUGAUAUUCGGCCACUGCACAGCGGCCCCAGCACGCUGGCUGUGACGAGAAUCAGUUCUGAGCAGCUGGGCGUCUGUUCUAACUGGAACCAGGUCCCUUGCUCUACCAGAUUGUUAAGUAUUUUGAUUUACACUUCUGGAUGGAGGCACACAUCCUUGACUCAGAAAUCCUUCCCAUCCAAAGGAAUUCUCCCAAGGGCUUUCUCUUCGGCCUGUAAGAGACUUAGGCUUAAGAAAAAUCAGUCCCCAUUCACAGAAGUAGGUUAAGGGGCAGGAACAGCACAAGAUCCGCACAAGGCUCCUCAUUCCCUCUCUCACAGGGGUGCAGAGUCCUCACCUAUCUGAUCAUCAUGUCUGUUGAUCAUUGUGUCCGUGAAUCUGAAUUCAGAUGCCAGCCCGGAGUCUCCAAGGGGCUGCAGAAAACGUUGCAUAGCAGGGGAACAAAGGUGUCCCUGCCUUCCUGCUGACAAUGUCCUAUGAAUGACUUGGUCUUUCCUCCCCCAAACCCUGAGCUCUGAGCCUGGUUUAGAGAGUUUUGUAGCUAAUUGGUCUCUCUUCUCCCCUGAACUUCUCUGGCAGCUCCUUGCACACUUGCGGUUCCAGAAGCCCUGAGGCUGCCUUAUUCCCUCCUAAGAGUAAAUGGUAGAGAGAGCAGCAUGCUGAACCCCUUUGAAGACAGACUUCUCAGCUGGGAAGAGGUUAGUUAGCUCAGACACCAUGGGGAGCCCCAGGCCAGGUGAGACCUGCACCUGUCAGGGUAAUAGAUGGACACAGAGGAACCAGGAACCACCAGCUGCCUGCUCCAGCUGUGGAUUAGGUUGGCGUCAUAACUCGUUGCCUUCUGAUCCCCUUUCUUUCCCACUUCCUUUCCCACUUCCAUGAACCACCUUUCCUGGAAAGCAGCAUAUAAUGGUGUGAUUAAAACCCUGUCAUUAUCCUUCACAGCCUCCCCCUCUGCCGCCACGUCCCACAAUACCUCCAACACACACACUCCAAGCCCCCAGUCAGGGUCCUUGUUCUAUGACUUGAGAAAGAGACUAAUUUCUCUUUCAUCUGAUCCAGCCUAUACACCUCUCUCCUUUGCAGACAAGUAGAUUUCUCAUUAGGCCAAUAAUCCAGGCCUAAAAUUCUCUCCCGCCCCCACCCUGCCCCAGGCGUUUGGAAUUCUCCUGCUGGUGCUUACUUGGGGCCCUGUCUUGUCCUCCACCUCAGACCCUGCAAGUUCUCACGUUUGCAAGUCCUGAGGAAGAAGCAAGUGCAAAAGUCCACGAGCUGGCAUUCUCCUGCCUCCCACGCUGGGCUUCACUGGCAAUGCCACAGCCACGGGGCACUGCACACACCAGGUGCUGUCACCCUGUCCCCACUGCCCAGUCCCCUCUGAGCCUCUUCAUGUGCGCUCACACUAGGAAACUCCCUCCCUCCCAGUGCUUUUCACCUGAAGUGGCAAAGAGGUUUUCUUUGCCACUUCAGGUCUCUGAUAUUUGUGCCCCCUCCUCCCAUCAAGAAACCAGCCACUCAUUCUGCUACCUCCCUGGAAAACUCCCAGGGCAGGAACAUCUGGAAUAAGGCCAGAGAACAGACAGGAAAACUCCAGUCUGUGCUUGCACCUGAGUUGGGGUUCCUCUCCCCAGAACAGGAGGGAGUGAUCACACCCCAAACAGACCCCAAAUCCAGCCCGUCGCGCAGACAGGCCACGCAGAACAUGUUUACCUCACAAACCGCUGAGGCUCCAGCACUCGGACGGCUGUGUCCCCUCGUGGUUUCCCUUCCUACGAAUCACUACGUACCUCAGGCUGGAUCCCAAUGCCAAACGCUCUCAAGCAUGGGACUAGCGAGUAGGAAGGCUCAGAAUUUGUUCAGUCAUGUGCUUGUAAAUGUGAUGCUUCUAUUUUGUUAAUAUGUAUGUGCUAUGCACAAACCAUUUCAUGUUCCAGCAACAAGUGAAAGGCCUUUUUAUACGUUCUUCUCCACUGACUCCACCCUCCUAUUAAAACUGA